AGCCAGAGUAGGGUAGGUGAGGCUGGAGCAGGCAGCCAAGCGUGUUCAGGCGUCUUCAGGACCUAAAAGGAGCUGCAAAAGCUUGGAGUCUCAGGCUUGCACGGCCCUGCGCACCUUCUCCCAGAUGUCUAGCAAGGUGGCCACUGGCAGUGACAUCGGACAGGCCCGUCGGGCAGUGGAGCAACUGCGGAUGGAAGCAGGCAUCAACCGCAUAAAGGUAUCCAAGGCAGCUACAGAUCUGCUGCAGUUCUGCACUGAACAGGCCAAGAGCGACCCCUUCCUUGUGGGCAUCCCAGCUGCCACCAACCCUUUCAAGGAAAAGAAACCCUGUGCUAUCCUAUGAACCCAUGAUAAUGCUGCUGCCUUUAUUACUCUGGAUACCACAGGAAGGUCCUCAAUAAAGAUGACAGCUUCUCUGUU